CCGCAGUAUAAAAUGCCGGAGAGGAGAGACGGCGGUGUGUCUGCUAUCUUUCCCGAUAAGCACGGACUUUGCUGGAGUGGGAACGCCUAGGGUUUCGGUAAGCGAGCCCUCGCCAAUCGCUCUCCGUCCCUCGUCUCCUUUCUCGGGUGGAUUAAACUAGGAUUCAGCGAGGAGAUAAGCCCGGUUCCCCACGGCCCCUACGCCUCCGCGGGCUCUAGAUCCUCACUCACUAGCUAGUCACCGUAGACCACGUCGUCGCUGCUGCUCUUCUCACGCGCGGAGGAGGAGAUUGCGAAGGAGAGAGAAGAGGGGAAUGGAGGAUUUCUGUCUGAAACGGGUGUAGCGGCACGGGAAAAGGACGGCAUUUGUCGGAGUAGCAUGUCCGGAGUCAGGCGGGAAGAAUGUAGGUCGACCCAGGCAGGAUUGCUUCGAAUCUGUGGAGGAGUGAUUUUGAGAGAGGAAUUUCUUGGUUCGCCGGAGUUGAGUGGGUAGAUCUGGGAGUUUUGGGGCGCGGCAGCAUUAGAUCGGAAGGAGAGGAGAUUUUCUUGGCGGAAAAGACUAAAGUUUGAUGAGUAAUUGCUGAGAUUUCAACAACCAGGUUCUAUUGGCUUUCCGGUGCUGCUGUGUUGCAGACGGCAAGGCUGAUUUCUGGCGACCGCAGCCAGAAGAAAGAGAGAGAGAGAGGAGCAAGUCAAGAGCAGCCGAUUGCCGGCUACAGCAAAGGACGAGCUUCCGCGGACUCUCAGAAACCCUAGAGGCCCAGAGCUGACACAGCUCCCUUCGCAGUCGCCGUUUUCAAGGAAGGAGAUCGGGAGGUGGGAGAUAAGACUGGAUCUUGGACCGGAAGAGGGACGAGAGCGAGAUGGCAAUGGAGGAGAAUAACCAAGGCUGCAAACGGUCCCGGGUCGCGGUGGGAAAUGGCUGCAGCCUAACGUCAAAGAUAGGGCGCAAGGAGCGCCAAGACGAGGACGAGGAGGAAGGCGAGAAGAGAGUCGCCGCCCGCAUUGCUCCCUGGCAGCACCACCCGUCUUCGAGGAUCUUUCGGGUUUCCCGCGCCUCCGGAGGAAAAGAUCGGCACAGCAAAGUCUAUACCGCUAAGGGCCUCCGAGACCGGCGAGUUCGCCUCUCCGUAUCCACUGCAAUCCAGUUUUAUGAUCUCCAGGACCGUCUCGGUUACGAUCAGCCGAGCAAGGCUAUCGAGUGGCUGAUUAAGGCGGCGGCGGCUCCUAUCAAUGAGUUACCUCCCCUCAACGGCUUCCCCAAGCUGCCUUAUCCUAUGGGGGAAGACGCCGUGAAGACCAAUCCAGACGUCGAGCCAACCUACAAGCAUAGCCAGCAGCAGCAUCCUUCGACCAAAUCCGGGUGCAGCAGUACCUCGGACACCAGCAAAGGCUCGGUCUUGUCACUCUCACGCUCCGAGAGCCGCACCAUGGCCAGGGAACGAGCGCGAGAGCGAGCCGCGAAGGACAAAGAGAAGGAUAGAGGUGGCAGUGGCCACAUCGAUGCCUCCCCUCACCAGAAUCUGAGUUCUCAGACCUCUUUCACUGAACUUCUCACCGGCGGCGGCAGCAACGGGUCCAACAACAACGUAACUAGUGUUGCUGCAGACGGCGGCGAGAAUUCUAGCCAUAACUGCCUCCAGAAGCAAAUCUCGACGGCGGAUUACUUCGGCCAAGCUGGUCUCUUCCCCCAGUCUCAGAAAAGUCACCAGCUGCCGGCCGGGUUUUCGAAUCAACCUCACUUGGGAAACAACUCUUCAUUGGGAAUGCUUCCCUUUAACAUUGUUUCCACUAGUGACAAUCAAGAAAUGCAGCAAUUCUCCUUCUUGCAGGACCAUUUCUUCCCUUCCUCGGCGGUGGCGGCCACAGGGGACUACAACCUCAACUUCUCAAUUUCCUCCUCUGGUUUCGUGGGUUUCAAUAGGGGGACCCUUCAGUCCAAUUCACCAGCUCAGUUGCCUCAGCAGCACAACCAUCUGCAGAGGCUCUCUUCUACAGUCGACGGAUCGAACCUUCAAUUCUUCUUCGGCACUGCUGCAGGUUCGGCUGCUACUCCUACCAACGGGGAGAAUCAUCAUUUUCCGGCAGGACUUGACGGUCGUCUGCAGCUCUACUAUGGGGAUGGCUAUCGGCAAUCAGACAUGAAGGGGAAAAGGAAGAGCUGAACGAUCCACAAAUGAUGCAACCUCUGUAACCAACCAUGCCUAGCAUGGCAACUCUGCAGUGCAGUUGUCUUCUUUGUUGGCGACUCUUCUAUCAAAAUGCUGACUCUAUUUUAACUGUUAUCGUGCUUCAGUAGCUCGAUCUAUGCUUUGGACGAUUUCAAAUCAUUCUCCUGUCUGAGGGGUGAACCUUGUCAUAUUUUAAGUCUUUGGAUUGAAAUAAGUAUGUUCAAUGUGAAUCUUCAUGUGGGGAUUUUCCCCAGUGUUAUUGAUUAUUUGAAGAUCGUAAUCUAGUACAUGGUUGAUAGACAAAACAA